AUGGAGGAAGAAAAACCAAGGAAGAGCCUGACCAGCAGUGUCAGCAGAGGUUCACUCAAAACCAAGAAUCCGUUUAGCCGUGUGAAGGACGAAGGUGAGAACAGAAACAAGACGGGAUUGUCGAUGAGGAAGUCGUGGUCCACGGACUCCCUUGGUCUGCUCAGCCAGAGCAACCGGUUGGGGAAGACGGUCUGUAUCUGUGCUCCUACAAAGCAUGAAGGCUCAUUCCGUUGCAGGCUUCACCGUUCAUCAGCCACAAGCCAUGGUGCAGCAACUGCAGAACUUCAUCUCCCAAAGCCCUUGCUUUCUUCUCGUCGUCUCGGUGACCAAUAA